AGCCGUGCUCUCUGAAAUUCGGGUGUCCCCCCCGCAGGCUCCGGUUGCCCCGAGCAGCGCCCGCCCGGCACCCCAACCCGCUUCCUCGCUGCUCUCCGUCGGUUCUCCGCGUUCUGCCUGACGGGACCCCCGGUGCCGCCGCACGCCCUGAGUGCACCCGCUCCCUCCCGUCCCGGUUCGGUUGGGGGGAUAAGGCGGUCCUACGGUUCCCCCCCUCCUCGCUGCCGCCUCCCACGCCGCGCUCAGCGGGGGCGGCAGCCGCGGGAUCCGCCUCCGGAGCCUCCCACGCCGCGCCGCAGCCGGGGCCGCUGCUAUUUCUCGGUACCGCCCGUGUGGGCGGCGCGCAGAGCGGCGCGGCGCGGCGGAGCGAACGCGCACGGCGCGGCCGCGGGACCCCCGAACACCCCCCGGGAUUCCCGAGCCCCCCGGAACGGUCCGUCCAUGCCCACGGGGCGCGCGUAGCGGCCGGACGGGGCUGCAGCCCGCGGCGCGCCAUGGCUGUGCCUCGCACGCUGGGGGAGCUGCAGCUGUACCGGGUGCUGCAGCGUGCCAACCUGCUGGGCUACUACGAGACCUUCAUCCAGCAAGGAGGCGACGACGUGCAGCAGCUGUGCGAGGCGGGCGAGGAGGAGUUCCUGGAGAUCAUGGCGCUGGUGGGCAUGGCCACCAAACCGCUGCACGUCCGCCGCCUGCAGAAGGCACUGCGAGAGUGGGCGUCCAACCCGGGGCUCUUCAGCCAGCCGGUGCCGGCCGUGCCCGUCAGCAGCAUCCCUCUCUUCAAGCUGUCCGACGGGAGCGGGCGCAAGUCGCUCAGCAACGGGCACGCCAGCCCCAGCGAGGCUGCGGGGAAAGGGGGGGGAAGUUCGGGGACGCCCCCCGCUCGCAGCCCCACGGAACCCCCGGAGAAGCUGUCGCCGUCGGGGGUGCCUCCGUGGCCGGGUAGGAGCACCCCCGAAUCGGAGGGCGGUGGGGAUGAGGAGCCGGGCGCUCCUCCCUUCUCCCCGGGGGGCACCGAGCAGCCGUCGGGCGGCGACGUGUUGGAGCCGGAGUUGGUGCGGACGGUGGCGGAGAGCGUCGAGCGGCUGCUGCAGAGCUGCCCCCGAGGGGGGGACGCGGAGCUGCGUGCUCUGCUGAAGCUCAAUAAGAAGUUGGCCAAAGCCGUCGGGCACAUCUUCCAGCUGGAAGACGGCGACCGGCAGAAGGAAGAGGAGAUCCGGCGGCACAGCGCGAUCUACGGCCGCGGUGAUGCGCGGCGCCGGGAGGGCAAACAGCUGACGUUGCACGAGCUCAUCAUCAACGAGGCGGCUGCGCAGUUUUGCCUGCGGGACAAUUCGCUGCUGCUGCGGCGCGUUGAGCUCUUCUCGCUGUCGCGACAGGUCGCGAGGGAGAGCACCUACCUGUCCUCGCUCAAGGUGUCCAGGGCGCAGCCCGAGGACGGCGGGGCCAGCGCGGCCAAGCGGCUCAAACAGGAGGUGGGGGAGCAGAGCCGCCCCGACCCCCCCCCGCUGGGAUCGGACCUCCACGCACCCCCAUACCGAGUCGGCAGUGAGGAGGAUGCGGGGGGAGCGGCCGGAGAGAGCCUGGACGGCCACGCGCAGGCGGCGGGGCUCUGUCCCCGGCUGACCCCCCCGCCCGGCGCUGCCCCCGAUGCGCCCCUCGCGCUCCCCCCGCACGGGCUUUGGAGCCGGCACAUUCUGCAGCAGACGCUGAUGGAUGAGGGGCUGCGCCUGGCGCGAUUGGUCUCCCACGAACGCGUGGGGCAGCUCAGCCCCUGCCUGCCUGGGAAACCCCCAGAGUUCGAGGACGGAUUGGCAGAGCGCGGACCCCCGGCCCCCCCAGAUCCUCCCCGCGGCACCAUCAAGGUGGAGCAGGAAAACAGCCGGCAGUGAAGCCCCGCGCCCCUCACCUUUCCCCCUCUCCCCCCCCACGACUAACGAAGCAAUAACGGGCGGAGAGCCGGGGGGCCAGCAGCAGUGGGGCAAUGGGUGCCGGAUGGGGGGGCUCCACUACUGCCCCCCACAUCCCACCCCCCCGCACGGUUACCUCAGCCGCAGCGGGCACCCCCAUCCCGCAGCAGCAAUAUUCCCCCCUCCAUCCAUGUUUUGAGCACGGGACCCCCCCCCCAUGGACUGAAGCUCGAUGUGCAGAGCCCCCCCUCCGCCCCCCCAAGGCCAUUCAUCGCCUCGUGCAGCCGCCCACACCAUUGGUGCUGGCACGC